GGACGCCGCUGAGCUUCAAUGCUGCUACCCCGAUGCGAGGAUGUCUGCAGUCGGUCAGAUGGCUGACCACGGCACUGAGGCGGCCUGCGCCUCAGCUUUCGUGCCUCCCGUUCCAACCGUUCGCAAGCACUUCCCGUCUCUUCAGCAGCUGUGCGAGUAGAGCGGCCACCGCCGCAAGAAAGCCUCCCUCGGAGCUCGAACAACGCAUCGCCGCUAUUCCUAUCGAACGAUUUCGCAAUUUUUGUAUCGUUGCCCAUGUCGAUCAUGGCAAAAGCACGCUCUCUGAUCGCCUCCUGGAGUUGACUGGGACCAUUGAACCUGGCUCGAAUAAACAAGUUUUGGACAAGCUUGAUGUGGAGCGUGAGCGCGGGAUCACGGUCAAGGCACAGACUUGCACUAUGCUCUACAACUACAAAGGCGAGGAUUAUUUGCUGCAUCUCGUCGACACGCCGGGCCACGUGGAUUUUCGUGCAGAGGUUUCGCGGAGUUACGCUAGCUGCGGGGGAGCCCUGCUGCUUGUCGACGCCAGCCAGGGCGUUCAGGCUCAAACCGUUGCGAAUUUCUACCUUGCCUUUGCGCAGGGUCUAGAGCUAGUACCGGUUAUAAAUAAGGUCGAUCUCCCCUCUGCGGACCCUGAUCGGGCACUGGACCAAAUGAAAAGUUCAUUUGAAUUGGACGUAGAGCAGGCCGUACUUGUCUCUGCGAAGACAGGCUUAAAUGUCAAGCAGCUUCUUCCGACAAUCGUUGAACAGAUCCCAGCUCCGGUUGGCGACCAUACGAAACCUCUCCGGGUUCUUCUUGUCGACUCGUGGUACGAUACAUACAAGGGCGUCAUCCUUCUCAUACGCGUCUUCGAUGGCGAGAUAAAGGCAGGAGACCAAGUCGUAUCCUUCGCGACCGGUAAAAAGUAUAUUGUCGGCGAAGUCGGUAUCAUGUAUCCAAAUCAAACUCCUCAGACCGUCCUACGCGCAGGGCAAGUGGGCUACGUCUACUUCAAUCCCGGCAUGAAACAGAGUCAAGAAGCAAAGAUCGGAGAUACCUACACCAAAGUUGGCUCCGAAAAGCUCGUAGAGCCGCUCCCUGGCUUUGAGGAGCCGAAAGCGAUGGUUUUUGUGGCUGCCUAUCCGGUGAAUUCGGAUGAUUUCCCCCAUCUGGAAGAGAGUAUCAAUCAAUUGCUGUUGAAUGACCGAAGCAUCACUGUGAAAAAGGAGUCCUCUGAGGCAUUGGGUGGAGGCUUCCGUCUCGGUUUUCUUGGGACAUUGCAUUGCUCCGUAUUUCAGGACCGACUGCAGCAGGAACACGGCGCUAAUAUCAUCAUCACGCCGCCAAGCGUUCCUUGUAAGAUCCUCUGGAAAAGUGGGGAGGAAACCGUCAUCACCAGCCCCAUCGAUUUUCCGGACGACGACUCGUCGAGGAUGAAAGUCGAAGAAUUCCAGGAACCGUAUGUCCUUACGACGCUGACCUUCCCACAGGAAUAUCUCGGGAAAGUCAUUGAGCUCUGUGAAGGUAACCGCGGUGAGCAAGUCAGCCUUGAAUUUUUCACCGCCACUCAGGUCAUUCUCAAAUACCAGCUCCCCCUUGCUCAGCUCGUCGACGACUUCUUCGGUAAACUAAAAGGAUUGACCAAGGGAUAUGCAAGCUUGGACUACGAGGAAUCCGGCUGGAGGAAGAGCAACAUCGUCAAGCUCAAGCUCCUGGUGAACAAGGUACCCGUUGACGCCGUCUCACGGGUCGUCCACACCAGCCAGGUUGCCCGUCUCGGAAGGCAAUGGGUAACCAAAUUCAAAGAGCACGUUGACCGGCAAAUGUUCGAAAUUGUCAUCCAGGCCGCUGUGGGCAACAAGAUCGUGGCAAGGGAAAGUGUCAAACCAUUCCGGAAAGACGUCCUAGCAAAACUCCACGCCAGCGAUGUCACUCGGCGGAGGAAGCUUUUGGAGAAGCAGAAAGAAGGUAGAAAGAGGCUGCAGGCCGUGGGGAAUGUGAUCAUUGAGCACAAGGCAUUUCAGGCUUUCUUGUCAAAGUAA